AUGAACCAACAACUCGAAAAAAUUGAGGAAGGGGAAAAUUGGAAGCAAUUCAGAAUUAAAAUUUUAGAUGGUGAGUAAACUUAUCUCAUACAUAAAAUGGGUCCCCAGAAUCGGGGUGAGGGGCUUAACUUUUUGCAAAAAUCUGAAGGGAAGGGUGUCUAACUUGGCCAAUUUUCUGCUGAUAAUUUAUCAAAAUUUGCUCAAAAAUCUGAGACAGGUGUUUAACUUUGGAAAAUUUUCAAGGAGGGAUCCUAACUUUAAAAACUGACUCGGGAGACCUAUUUUAUGUAUGACUUAUCUUCGACUGUAAGUAAAACACUUAUUCUACAGAGGUGGACCAAAAACUGACCGAACAUUUUGCCAAAUGUGGUGAUGUGGAGUUGGCUGUCGAAUGGAAGAGUAAGUUUAAUUGGUCCAGACAACGUCCCUAAUUUUAAAUUUCCAGGUCUUGCCGAAAAAUUAAGAAAAAGCGAAUUUUCGUCGACAAAACAGUCAGACGGCGGUGGCAAGAUGACGAAAAAGAGACGUUUGUUUUUAGUUGAAUUAAUAUGAAAUUCUAAAAAUGUUUUUUUACAGAGCCAUCGAAAUCAGCUCCAUACAAGAAAUAA